UCUUCCUCCAGAAUUGAAUUAUAAUCUGGAACGAAUUUCUUGUGUAAGGCUUGAAAUUUAAAUUUGGUCACAAAUAUUUGCAGCAAGACACAUACGUAGAAAGACACUAUAGCACCUAUCGAUCUUGAGAGCAGACUUGCUCAAGAAUUGAAAAAAAUUGUUAAAUGGGUAGAAGUCGAUUAGUAAUAAGAAAGUAGCUUUUACGGAGAUAAAUCUAAAAAGAAUUACCGAAAAAUCAUUCAAAUAAAUUUUUAGAAUGGUAGAUACAUACAUUGCUAUUUAAACACGUCAAUAGAUGAUGUGCAGAAAUGAAUGCUAUAGAAAAGUUAAAAUAAUAGUGUGUGAGCAUAAACACAAGAUUUCCUGUUAACAGCAUUACAUAAUUAAUUGGAAGUACUACCGUGUGAUAGACGGUGUGGCUUAUCGUAACUUAAUUGAAUAAUAAUUGUUAAGCAGAAAAGUAUAUGUUGAUGCACACACACAUACGGGAAUAUAUAUAGGUAAAUCAUUAUACACUUUCGUAUUAUGAGGACGGAAAAACACCGAUAUAAUAUUAAUAUACACUGUUGAAAAUGUUGUGUUCUUGUGUAUAAAAAUUCAAUGGUUAAAUAAAUAUUUUGUGUAAAUUAUUUGACACUAUCAAGUGUAAAUUUAACUGAAGUUUAAUGCGUUAUCUGAUUUUAACAAGUUUUAAACCUGUAUUAUUGUUUGAAACAAGCAUAAUGUGUUAAAUUAACACAAAAAAUUGAGUGGACCGUUUGAGACAUGUGAUUUGUAUUAAAUUUAACACAAAUUUUUCGAUUGUGUAAUAAUUUAUGGAGUCACUAUAAAAUGAAACAAGUAAAGUUUUGAAUUAAAAUCACAAUUCUGGCACGUGAACGCACCAAGACAUACUUGUACUAAAAAGUCUGGUUAUUAAAAAAAAAAAUUAAUUCAUUUAUUAUAUGAUAAUCCUUAUAUCUAUGCAUAGCGGAUCUGAAAAAUAAAUUAACGAGCCAUAUCUCAAUUAUAUUAUAUUAUCCCUGUAGAUGGUUUCAGAUCAUCAGUUCGUGUACUCUUGUAAAAUUGUGUCAAAUUCAUAAAUGAACGAUUACUUGUAAUAUAUCUAUAAUCUAUGUUGUAUUUUUCUAUUGUGUAUUUGUGGCAUAUUAUAAUUCAUUAACUAAAUAAUGGAAAAUGAAAAAAACCAAGAAAAAUGUCUUGUACGAACUUUGGAUGAACUUGGGCGUAGUUCUAAGCUUUUAUGGGUCGUCUUUAUUGUUAGUGCUUUAGCGUCAUUAACAAAUGGAUUACAUUCAAUGUCUUACGUUUUCAUUGCUGAGGUACCCAUUUAUCGAUGCUCGAUUCCGGAGCUAAAAAAUGCAAAUUGGACAGAUGAACAAAUUAAAAAUAUCUCAAUAAUUGACGACUGCCAAAAAUAUGAUUAUAAUUAUACAUAUCUCGCGAGUUUGAGGCAUGAAGAAGCGAUAGAAUAUGUAAAAGAUAUCGAAUUUAAUACCAGUGUUGUUUCUUGUUCAUCAAUUGUUCUCGAUAAAAGCGAAAGAUCAACGAUUGUCGAUGAGUGGCAAUUAGUCUGUGACAGAAACUUAUAUCGAGCAAAUACAUUUUUUGUAUUUGCAUUUGGAAGGCUUUUAGGUUUUGGAAUUUUGGGAAUGUACGCAGACAAAUAUGGAAGGAAAAAGUCAUUGAUUAUUGGCUUAAUAUUACAAAUAAUUGUUGUACCUUCAAGUGCAGUAACCCCAUGGUUUUCGGGUUAUAUUUUUCUAAAAUUAAUAACCGGAAUAGGUGUGGGUGCUUUGUAUUCGUCUGGAUAUACAAUUUUGUCAGAAGUUGCAAAUGAUAGCAGGAGAAAGAUAUUGGGCGUUUUUACUGAUGUUAUGUAUCCUGUUGGAACUUGUAUUGUUGUAACUCUUGCUUAUUUUAUAACAAACUGGCGAUACCUACAAAUGACACUAGCAGUAUUUACUAUUCCGUUGAUGAUUCUUAUUUGGAUCAUGCCCGAAUCACCGCAGUGGUUGAUAUCACAAAAUCGUCAUGAUAAAGCACAGAAAGUAAUCCAAAAAUAUUGUAAAGAUAUAAUCGCACCGACUCUAGUUCCAGAAAAUCUAACGCGUGAAUCGAUACCAACAGAAAGCACGAAAAAUAGUCAAUACAAAAUUUUAAUUCAUCGAUAUUUUGAAAGUAUGAGAAUUCUUUUUACAAAUCCUAGCUUGCGAAAAAAUAUAAUAAUUAUGUAUUUCUCAUUCUUCGUUUCUAUAUCGGUUGGAUAUUCUCUCAUAUUUUCAGUAGACACAUUCAAUAUUAAUCGUUAUAUUUAUAUGGCAACAGCAGCAAGUUCUGAAAUACUAGCACUCAUGACAGUUCCAGUGAUUCUGAUAUUUUUGAGUUGCCAGAAUGCGACCGUUGUUAUAUAUGUAACUGCAUCUAUUUGUAUGUUUUCGAUAGUAGUAAUUCCUAGAGAUGAAAUAUAUAUAGUUUUAGGAUUGACAAUGUUAUCGAAAUUUUGCUUGACAGCAUGUUUUACUACCAUCAUGUUAUUAUCCUCGGAACUGUUUCCCCCAAGUGUUAGAAAUUCCUCCCUUGGAACAAGCUUACUUAUGGGACAAGUUGGGUGUAUGACUGCACCAUAUAUUGUUGAUUUACUGGGCAAAAUCGCCUGGUGGGCUCCAAAUACACUUUGUGGUACUUUAACACUCAUAGCGGGACUUUUAAUUCUUGUAAUAUCUAAAAAAGAACUAAAUAAUAAUGACAGCAAUUCUAAUUCCGAAGAAGAAAUGAAAAUAUAGAAUAAAACUUGAACUUAAUUGAAAACAAUUCUUCAUGAAAUUUCUUACAUAUUCAAAAUAAAAUUUAAAAGUAGUAAAAUUUAUAAGAUCACUCAGUCAAAUUUAUAAAAAAAUAUUGUGUUUGCCGUAAAGACGAUCCGUGUUAUAGAUUUUUUUGUGUUAAAUCAAUGAAUUUCACUGUGAUACUUUAAAAUUUUAAAUCGGUCUACAAUACACUUGAAUCGUUUAUUUGAGAAACCCCAUAAGUCAAGGAAACAGAAUUUUUAAGGAAACACAAAAAACAAUUUUUUAGAAAAACUUGACAUUAAAAUAAUAAAUAAAUAAUUGAAUACAAUAAUGUUAGCAUCUCUGCAAAAGAUUCCAACAAGAAAAGUUUAAUUUUUUAACUGAAACUACUCAAAAAAAUUAUUUAAAGCUGAUUGACUAAUGGGAUUUGUCAACCAAACGGAAAAAAAAGUUAUAAAAUCAUCGGUUUUUAAAUGUUUCCACUCAAAUCAUUUAUUAUACUGAUAAAAUGAAGUAUUAAAUAUGUAUUUGAACUCUGAAACUCAGAAAUUACAAAAAAUUAGAACUAAUUUAAACAUUUUAAUUAGUCAUAUAACAGUCAACAACAAAACAACAUUUGAAAUUAAUUCCUCAAAAAAGCGCGAAUUUUGAAUAAAAAAAAAAAUUAUUCCUGUAAAACUAAAAUUGUAUAUGUUUAUUUGAGUCAUUGACUUAUGGGAUUUCUCAAUUCAAAGAAAUUGCUGUCACCCCGUUAAUUUUUUUUAAACGCUGAUUUGAUGCAUAUUUUGAUUGAUUUCUAUGGAGAGACAUCCAAGGAACCCAAAAAUGCAAAAAACCCAAUUUUGUAAAGAACAUGACUUAUAGGGUUUUUCAAAUAAACGAUUCACUUUCAAACUAAGUUUGUAGUCCAAAUUAACACACUUGCCAAAUAACAUUGAAACAUCAUAAGCAAUCUAUAGAUAUUUAACACACCAUUAAAUGUGUUUCAAGUGACUACAAAUAUAUAUAAUUUUACUUAUGGCCUUAAACAUGGAACACAUUUAGUGUGUGAUAAAAUAAUAUACUUGUAACACACUUGGUUUUAGGGUGUAAAACACUUUAAAUAUGUUACCUAGUACAAAAAUAGAAAUUAUUAACAUUUAUUAAGCGCUACUUGAGUUGAAAUUUUGACAUAAAUUUUGUGUUGAAAUACAACACUAAUAAGCCCGUGUUGAAAAAUAACAGAAAUUUUCUGUGUACCGUUUCUAACACACGAAUAAUGUCGAUUUUAACACGGUCUAUUUUAUCUGUAUGGACGACGGCAAUUAGACAUGUAACAUGAAAGGACCGACUUUUGCUACCUGUUAUUACGAUUCAAUUUGUUUAUUAAAAGCACAUCGAUUUAUUCUAAUGAUAAUUUAUCAGAUCUUAACUUAUGUUUAUGAUUAUUUUAAGUAAAAAAAUACCUAUCUACUAGAUUUAAAAAUGUAUACGGUUCUAAAUUUAAGAUUCUUUCGCGACUAAACAAAUUAAAAGAUUUAUAAAAUAACAUUUCAAGUAUUGUCUAGCUAUAUUAAUUAUAUAAGUUCAGAAAAAUACACUGUGCUUGAACGGUGCGACUUUAAUAAGUGCCUGGUAUUUUUCUGGUCUAUCGCUGGUACAUACUAUAUAUCAUUACGUACAGCUCUAAAGUCACGGUAGAGUAUACAUGUAGAUCCCUUCAACAUUUGGGACAAUAAUUGAUUAAAGUAAUUAAAUUAUCGUAAUCAUUUUCUUUUGAUAGUUGAUCACUUAGCUUAUCAUUAAAUUAUCUUUUUAGUAUUAAAAGUCAAACUUUUGACAGUUCGUUAAUCUGG